UUCAUCGCCACAAAUGGCAAAGUAUUAAAAACUCAUGACCUUGUUUUUGCAACGAGGCCAAAACUUGUCGUGGCCGACAUCGUCCACUACGGUAGUACGGACAUAGCGUUUUCGCCUUAUGGUGAAUACUAGAGACAAAUUCGUAAAAUUUGCAUACUCGAACUCCUGAGUGCUAAGAUGGCUAAAUUUUUUAGCUUGAUUCGUCAAGAUGAGCUAUCAAAGAUGGUUUCUUCUAUACGAACGAUGCCAGAUAUUCCAGUCAACAUUACGGACAAAAAAUUUUGGUUUACGAGAUCGGUAACUUGUAGAUUAGCUUUGGGAAAAAUAUGUCGCGACCAAGAUAAAUUGAUAAUUUUCAUGAGGGAAAUAAUAUCGUUGGCAGGUGGAUUUAGUGUUGCUGAUUUUUUCCCUACGUGGAAAAUGCUACAUGACGUUGGUGGUUCGAAAUCGAGACUUGUGAAGGCACAUCGUAAGAUUGAUGAAAUUUUGAAAAAAGUAGUGAAUGAGCACAAACAAAAUCGGGCAGAUGGCCAAAAGGGUAAUGGUGAAUUUUGUGGGGAGGAUUUGAUUGAUGUUUUGCUAAGAGUUAGAGAAAGUGGAGAAGUUCAAAUUCCUAUAACGGAUGACAAUAUCAAAUCAAUAUUAGUCGACAUGUUCUCUGCUGGAUCUGAAACAUCCUCAACAACUAUAAUCUGGGCAUUAUCUGAAAUGAUGAAGAAACCAAGUGUCUUAGCAAAGGCACAAGCUGAAGUGAGACAAGCCUUGAAGGAGAAGAAAGGUUUUCAACAAAUUGAUCUUGAUGAGUUAAAGUACUUGAAGUUAGUAAUCAAAGAAACUUUAAGGAUGCACCCUCCAAUUCCUCUGUUAGUCCCUAGAGAAUGUACGGAGGAUACAAACAUUGAGGGGUACAAUAUAUCUUCCAAAACUCGAGUCAUAGUUAAUGCAUGGGCAAUUGGACGAGAUCCUCAAAGUUGGGAUGACCCUGAAAGCUUUUCGCCAGAGAGGUUCGAGAAUAGUUCUAUUGACUUUCUUGGAAAUCAUCAUCAAUUUAUUCCGUUCGGUGCAGGAAGACGGAUUUGUCCGGGAAUGUUAUUUGGUUUAGCCAAUGUUGGACAACCUUUAGCUCAAUUGCUUUAUCACUUCGAUUGGAAACUCCCUAAUGGACAAAGUCAUGAAAAUUUGGACAUGAUAGAGUCACCUGGAAUUUCUGCAACAAGAAAGGAUGAUCUUGUUUUGAUUGCCACUCCUUAUAAUCCUUGAAUUUAUUGAGAUGUUGUAGAAAUAAAAAGCAGGGUAAAAUCAGAAAUUGGCUACUGCUUCUAGGUCAUUUUUAUUUGAGAAAAACUUAAAGUUUCGACCUAUAGUAUCUGCUAGAG